AUGAAACAUAUCCACUCUACUCUGGGUUUCUCUAAUCAAACCAACAGCCAGCUAUCGAAUGGAUACAAUGGAUCAAUUAAUUUCCAUAAAAAUAAUAAUUUUAAUGUUAUAAAAUAUGAUGGAGUAAAUAUUAAACAACAUUCAAAAUUGAAAUCAAUAUGUGAAGAUGGAGUAUUGUCACCUAGGGUAUCUGAUCCAAUGAUGAUUCUAAAGGAAGAAGAAGAAGAAGUAGAUACACCAUAUACCAUACCACUAGAUGGAAGCUGUAGUUGUACGACACCUUCUGAAAGUUCGAUCAAUGAAGAUACUUCGGUGGCUACCCUAAGUACAAAGUCAGACCGUCAUAAUAUUAUCUCUGAUCCAAGUCCUACUGAUAUUACCUCUCAAUAUCCUGUUGUCAAAAUAUUUAAACCAAUGGUGGAUGAUAAUUGGGAUAAUAAUAAUAAUAUUAAUAUAAUAAUCAUACAGUUAAAGAUUGAUAGAUAA